AUGCUGGCCACAGUUGGUGUGUUGGCGUGUUGGUGUGUUGGUCCUGGGGUUUAUUUAACGCCAAACACAGAUGUGUUGCCAGAGGAACCUCCUGAAGGUCAACUUGACAUUAAUUUGCCAGAAGAACCGCCUGAGGGUCAACUUGACAUUAAGUUGCCAGCAGAACCGCCUGAGAGUCAACUUGACAUUAAGUUGCCAGCAGAACCGCCUGAGGGUCAACUUGACAUUAAGUUGCCAGAGGAACCGGCUAAGGGUCAACUUGACAUUAAGUUGCCAGAGGAACCUCCUGAAGGUCAACUUGACAUUAAUUUGCCAGAAGAACCGCCUGAGGGUCAACUUGAUAUUAAGUUGCCAGCAGAACCGCCUGAGGGUCAACUUGACAUUAAGUUGCCAGAGGAACUGCCUAAGGGUCAACUUGACAUUAAGUUGCCAGAGGAACCGCCUGAAGGUCAAUUUGACAUUAAUUUGCCAGAAGAACCGCCUGAGGGUCAACUUGACAUUAAUUUGCCAGAAGAACCGCCUGAGGGUCAACUUGACAUUAAGUUGCCUGCAAAACCGCCUGAGGGUCAACUUGACAAUAAGUUGCCAGAGGAACCGCCUAAGGGUCAACUUGACAUUAAGUUGCCAGAAGAACCGCCUGAGGGUCAACUUGACAUUAAGUUGCCAGAAGAACCGCCUGAAGGUCAACUUGACAUUAAGUUGUCAGAGGAACCUCCUGAAGGUCAACUUGACAUUAAGUUGCCAGAAGAACCGCCUGAAGGUCAACUUGACAUUAAGUUGUCAGAAGAACCACAUGAAGGUUAA